AUGCUGACUCGGACACAGGAUUUGAAGCAGCAGAAGUUCAGUAUCGAGGCUGAGCCCUCGGAUACGAUCGCGCAGGUCAAGGAGAAGGUCGCCGCUGAGAAGGGAUGGGAGGCUUCCAGCCAAAAGCUCAUCUACUCUGGCAAGGUCCUCGCUGAUGCGAACACGGUCGAGUCCUACAAAAUCGAAGAGAAGGGCUUUAUAGUAUGCAUGAUCACCAAGCCAAAGGCGGCUCCCGCGCCCAAGCCUGCUCCUCCUGCCACACCCGCUCAGCCUGCCUCGACCCCUGCGCAACCCGCUGCGCCUCAGCAACAGCCCGCUCCCGCUGCUUCAAAUCCACCCGCCACACCUACCCCCGCUCAGCCUGCGACUGGAGCUGCUCCUGCCGGCAGUGCGCAGUUCAACGACCCCUCUGCUAUGCUAAUCGGCAACCGAAAUGAAUCGACCAUAAGAGAGAUGGAGGCUAUGGGUUUUGGACGACCAGAGAUUGAGCGUGCACUCCGUGCAGCUUUCUACAACCCCGACCGGGCUAUUGAAUAUCUACUCAAUGGCAUUCCCGAGCACGUCCAGACCGAGCAGCGACAACCGCCUGCUGGUGGCGCGCAAGCCCCAACUUCACCUCCUCCCGCCGCGAACCCUGGCACCGCUCCCGCCGCGCCUGCCCCCGAACCCUCUGGCGGCGAUGAACCAGUCAACCUCUUUGAAGCUGCCGCUGCCGCUCAGGGUGGCACCCGUGGAAGCGGUGGCGCUCGGAGUGGCGCUGCUGGUGGAGGUGCCGCGGCUGGUGCAGCGGCUGGUCUUGGUGCGGGUGCAGGUGCGGGCGCUGGUGGACAGAUGAACAUGGACUUCCUCCGUAAUUCUCAGCACUUCCAACACCUCCGCCAGCUGGUUCAGCAACAGCCCGCUAUGCUCGAGCCCAUUCUGCAGCAGGUUGCGGAAGGCAACCCUCAGCUUGCCCAGAUGAUUGGUCAGAAUCAGGAGCAAUUCUUGCAGCUAUUGGCCGAGGACAUGGGCGGCGAAGAAGGUGGCCCACUGCGUCCCGGCGUGCAAAUCGAGGUGACCGUUGAAGAGCAAGAUGCCAUCGAGCGGCUGACCCGACUCGGCUUCUCCCGCGAUGCGGUCAUCCAGGCCUACUUUGCGUGCGACAAGAACGAAGAGCUGGCUGCCAACUUUCUCUUCGACCAGCCAGAGGAUGAGGACGAUCAGCCACCCGCCACUGGAGGCCAGUGA